ACUUACCGGUGUAAUGUAACCUUUAGUUCGUAUUUCACAAAAGCUACUUCCCUUGUUUGUAAUUUAACCACUGUGAUAACAAGCUAUAAAUUGUCGACAAUAUACAAUAUUAUGGCAGAAUAUAUACCCACGGAGAUUCAAAACACGGCGAAGUUGUUAAGAGAGGAGUAUGAACGGCGAGAACAACAACAGAAGAAACAUUACUUCCUGUUUACACAGCUUCAGGACAUGGCCCGAGAAAUACCAGGAAAGUACCAGCAGCGGCUACCCUAUGACCUGCUGUCAGGUCUUGCCAAUGCGCUGCUAGAUGGCACAGUGUUCCAGAUUGUUAAUGGACUGCGGGAGGUGCAGGAAUGGGAAGAGAGAGCCAUGGCACAGCAGAGGACCAAACUCAUCCAAGACCACAAGACCCAGAAGCACGAGUUACAGAAGAAACAUAAGGCCCUGCUGCAGGACUGCCAGGCCCGGCCUCACAAUCUCACUCUCACCAAGGCACAGAUUGACAGAGAAAUGGAGACUACAUACAAGCGAUGUGAGGAGGAGAUUCGAAAGAAAGAUCAGAAGAUAAUCUUGGAGCUUGACCAGAAGGUGAUGGAUCAACAGUCCACCUUGGAGAAAGCUGGUGUAUCUGGCUUCUGUGUUACCAAUAAACCCCUGGAUAUUCGCAUGCAAAUGUACCUCCUUGACUUCAUUGUACGUUUGUCUAAACUUGAGAUGCCUUCUUGAAGAAAACAAAUAUAUUUUUGUGGUUGAUAAAAGCUGAUGGAACAUACCCAGACCUACAAAUGAAUUUCCUUCUCUUCAUUGUGCAGUUAUGUACAAAUGAGAUGCCAUCUUGAAGAAGUGUUAAUUUGUUACUGUUACAAAAGGUAUUCAUGUACCUGCUUUAGUUAUGAUGACAUAAGAUGCUGAUUUCAAAAUAAACAGAGUCUUCGACAUAACAUGGUUUCCAAUGCACUUAAAGCUCAAACCUAAAAAAAAAAGGUAUUUCUCCAUUGUAAUGUUCUCUGACAAUAAAACGUACCAGUUCAGAUCAGUAUCAAACAAGGAUCUUGUCUUACAGAUAACACCUCGUACUAAAUACAUGGAAACUUCAUUCGCAAAUUAUAGCAAAAAUAUAUGGAAUGACAUAUACGUACCUUGAAAACCCUUAAAACGUUCAAUGGAAAUUGUAAGCUUUAUUUAUUGUGUGAAUGAGAAGUUAUUUUACAUGUUCUUUAACAUGUAUACAUGUAUAUGUUUAAUUUAUAGUCGUGUCCUUAGAGUUUCAGUGAAUGUUUAAGUAUGAAUGUAUUUAUUAACAGUUUAAUAUUCUUAUAUGUAAAUGUAUCUUUCUAGUAUUAACAUUGACAGGUGACUUAUUUUCAAGAAUAAUGCUUUUUCUUUUGUUUCUUUACUUUGAAGGCCAUAUUGAAAAUAAGAAUAUAUGUUUAAAUAAGAAUAUAUGUUUAUAUGUCUAAAUGCGUAAACUUCGGUAAAUAACAUCCAUAUACUAAAAACUAUGCUUCCUAACAAUCUCAAUAAUAAAGUUCUUUAUGAUGUUAAAUGCAAUUACAUAUUUAUGCCCCCACAAAGUGGCGGCAUAUAGGGUUGCCCUUGUCCGUACGUACGUCUGUCUGUCUGUCUGUACGUACGUACGUCCCGAAGAUUGUUUCCGAUCUAAUUCUUGAAAACUGUUUGUCCAAUCCUCACCAAACAUUAAACACAUGUUUGUGACCAUAAUAUCUUGAUCAAGUUCGAUAGUCAUGGAAAUCGCUUCAGUCAUUUAGGAGUUACGGCCCUUUUUUGCCAAAAAUACUUCAAAAAUACAUGUUUCCAAUCUAAUUCUUGAAAAGUAUGUGUCCAAUCCUCACCAAACUUUACAUACAUGAUUGUGACCAUAAUAUCUUGAUCAAGUUCGAUAGCCAUGGAAAUCGCUUUUGUCAUUUAGGAGUUACGGCCCUUUAUUUGCAAAAAAAGACUUGAGAUUAUCCUGAAUAAUCAUUAUGGCUUAUUUUCUGUGACAAAAAAUCGAAGUGGGGGCAUCCGUGUCCUAUGGACACAUUUCUAGUUUUCACAAAUUGUUGUGUCUCCCUAUUAUUAUAUAUUUAUUAUGCCCCCCUUCGAAGAAGAGGGGUAUAUUGCUUUGCACAGGCAUGUCCGUCGGUCCGUCGGUAGACCAAAGCUUGUCCGAGUGAUAACUCAACAAUUCCUGGACGUAUGGUCAUCAAAUUUCACAUGAAGGUUUGGCCUAACCAGAAGAUGAACCCUAUUGAUUUUGGGGGUCAUCGGGUCAAAGGUCAAGGUCACAGUGACCUUUAAUGGUAAAAUAAUUUUAAAGCUUGUCCGAGUGAUAACUCAACAAUGCCGGCACCCAUGGCCCUCAAACUUGACAUGGAGGUUGGGCCUGACCAGUAGAUGACCCAUAUUGUUUUGGGGGGUCAUCAGGCCAAAGGUCAAGGUCACAGUGACCUUGAAUGGUAAAAGGUCGUCCGAGUGAUUACUUGACAAUGUCUGCACCCAUGGACGUCAAACUUGACUUGGAGGUUGGGCCUGACCAGUAGCUGACCCCUUUUGUUUUUGGGGCUCAUCGGGUCAAAGGUCAAGUUCACAGUGACCUUGAAUGGUAAAAGGUUGUCCUAGUGAUAACUCAACAAUGCCAGCACCCAUGGCCCUCAUAAUAGAAUUGGAGGUUGGGCCUGACCAGUAGAUGACCCCUAUUGUUUUUGGGGGUCAUCGGGCCAAAGGUCAAGGUCACAGUGACCUUGAAUGGUAAAAGGUUGUCCGAGUGAUAAUUCGACAAUGCCUGCACCCAUGGCCCUCAUAAUUGAAUUGGAGGUUGGGCCUGACCAGUAGAAGACCCCUAUUGUUUUGGGAGGUCAUCGGGUCAAAGGUGAAGGUCACAGUCACCUUGAAUGGUUAAAGGUUUUCCGUGUGAUAACUUGACAAUGCCUGCACCCAUGGCCGUCAAACUUGACUUGGAAUUGGGCCUGACCAGUACAUGACCCCUUUUGUUUUGGGGGGUCAUCUGGCCAAAGGUCAAGGUCACAGUCACCUUGAAUGGUAAAAGGUUGUCUGAGUGAUAACUCGACAAUGCCUGCACCCAUGGCCCUCAAACUUGAUUUGGAGAAUUAGCCUGACCAGAAGAUGACCCCUAUGGUUUUGGGGGGGUCAUCUGGCCAAAGGUCAAGGUCACAGUGACCUGGAAUGGUAAAAGGUUGUCCGAGUGAUAACUCGACAAUGCCUGCACCCAUGGCCCUCAAACUUGACUUGGAGGUUGGGCCUGGCCAGAAGAUGUUCCCUAUUGAUUUUAGGGGUCAUUGGGCUAAAGGUCAAGGUCACAGUGACCUGGAAUGGUAAAAGGUUAUCCGAGUGAUAACUCGACAAUGCCUGCACCCAUGGCCCUAAAACUUGACUUUGAGGUUGGGCCUGGUCAGAAGAUGGUGCCUAUUGAUUUUAGGGGUCAUUGGGCCUUCAAGUGACCUUGAAUGAUAAAAGGUUGUCCGAGUGAUAACUCAACAAUGCCUGCACCCAUGGCCCUCAAACUUGACAUGGAGGUUGGGCCUUACCAGUAGAUGACCCCUAUUGAUUUUAGGGGUCAAAGGUCAAGGUCACAGUGACCUUGAAAGCGACCUCGACAAUUCCUGGACCUAUGGUCAUCAAACUUGACAUGAAGGUUGGGCCUGCCCAGUAGAUGACCCCUAUCGACUUUGGGGGUCAUCAGGCCAAGGUCAAUGUCACAGUAACCUUUAACGAAAAAAAGUUAACAAAUCUUCUCCCACUGAUAUCUCAACAAUGCCUGAACCUAUGAUCAUUAAACUUGACAUGGAUGUUAAGCCUGACCAGUAGAUCACCCUUAUUGAUUUUAGGAUUCAUAGAGCCAAAGGUCAAGGUCACAGUGAUCUUGAAUGGUAAAAGGUUGUCUGAGAGAUAACUCAACAAUGCAUGAACCCAUGGCCUUUAAACUUGACUUGGAGUUGCAUCUGACUUGUAGAUGACCCCUUAUGAUUUAAGGGGUCAUUGGUUCAAAGGUCAAGGUCACAGUGACCUUGAACGAAAAAAACUUGUCUGUGUGAUAACUUGACAAUGCCGGCACCCAUGGCCCUCGAACUUGACAUUUAGGUUUCUGGUGACCAGCUGAUGACUCUGGAUUUUGAGUUCAUAGAGUCAAAGGUCAUGGUCAUAACACACUCUAUCCUCACACUUUAAUGGUCAUAAUCUUAAAACUGCCUUAACGGCAACAAAUCAGCUGUCAUUUCGGUCCAUGCAUAUUUCAUUCAAUUGUCCAUAUAAUCCUGACAACAUGGCGCUCAGGAGGGGGGGGGGGGCAUAAUGUUUGACAAACAUCUCUUGUUACAAUUGCUGUAAUAGGCUAUUGUAUCACUCAAUGAUCCAUAUAUGUAUUAUUUCAACAUGUGUGCAACUAUAUCCUAUGUCUUGAUUGAUGUCAUUUGUUUUGCUGCCUGUUUGAAAUGACCUUGAUGUUAUGUUAUGCAGAAACAUUUGUAAUGUUAUGCAGAAACAUUAACAACAAAUAAACUUUAUGUGUUUGUGUGAUUUGAUUAUUAUUAAAAUAUAUUAAUGAAGUGUAUUGAUACGUCCAUAAAAACAUAAUGAAGGCAAGUGCCCAAAAUGUGUGUUUUUUCUUUAAAAUGUGUAAAAAUGAUCUCAAUAUU